AUGCACUCUCACCCCACAGUGCAAUUCAUGGAACCACCGGUGACUGACAUCAUCGAAAUGGACAUCGACGAUGCUAGUCAAGCACAAUUAUCGACAAGCUCAACAGAUCCGUGGAUGAGGGAGGAACAGCCGAUGUUCGAUGACUUGUAUCUUGGGCUGGAGGAUGAGGUAGAGUACGAAUCCAUGCCCCCGCACAUCAGUCAGGAGCUAUAUCUCAGCCCAGAAGAUGACUUCGAUGGUGGGAUUGUCCAGGCACUAUACCUUGGGCCGGAAGAGAUGUCUGACGAACCCAUGGAAUAUUUGAAUCCACCCAAUGCCAAAUGCCUUCCGGCACCUCCGGCCCUCGACAACAAAGAGCUCCAAGCUAUGGUUCGGGAGUUCCAACCUUUUGGGUCAUAUCAUGACGUGGGAUUGCAGAAUCUUCAAACACGACUGGCCGACUUCACAACUACUCAUGGAAACCUUCCAGAGCUGUCCAUACCGCAGCUCCUGGAGGCAGAGCGAACCAUUUCGAACUGCUUGGGCGGAGACAUCCGACAAGCUGGCACAGGCCGAUCAGGAGCUUCGAAGGAUGCAGAGGGCUGA